AUGGAGAGUCCCCUCAGUGAUAAACAUAAGAGGCUGCAGGCUCAAGGAGGGAUUGGCAAGGGUCAACCGAGCAGCAGCGGAACGCACACCGCGACGGGCGUGCCGUCCACCAAGUCCGCUGGGCUCGCGCCGCAUAUGAGGAGCAAUGGUCAGUUCAAGUACGAGGAGCCGCCGCAGUGGCGGAUGUGGACGUACGAUUUAUUGUGUGGCUGCUCUCGAAUAUUUCCACUGCUCUUUAGAGAGAUCAGGCCCCGCAGCGCAUUCAAGAUCCCAAAGGAGGGUCCUGUGAUAUUCGUCGCAGCACCGCACGCGAACCAAUUUGUCGACCCAGUGAUACUCAUGGACCAGGUGAAGCAGACCGUGAACAGGCGGAUAUCUUUUCUCAUUGCCGAAUCCUCUUUGAAGAUGUUGUCUGUUGGGUUUUUGGCGAGGUGUGUUAUGGCCAUUGGCGUUGUUAGACCGCAGGAUAACUUGAAAUACGUGGAUGGGAAGAUCAAACUGGAUUCAGAGAACCCUAAACACAUUAUUGGAGUCGGUACCAAAUUCACGAGGGACUGCGAACCUGGCGGACUCAUCGCGGGCCCGAAAUCUGCUAUGGGAAACGUGGCUAUCCAAUCCGUUGAGAGCGACACCUCUUUGUACAUCAGAAAGGAGUUUAAAGGUACACAUAAACCUGAGAUCAAAAAUUUGCUUGCCAAGGGGACCCCAUACAAGUAUGCGGCUAAAGUGGACCAAUCGUUGGUUUACGAGAAAGUGUUUGAGCAUCUAGCACACAAUGGGUGUAUUGGGAUUUUCCCUGAGGGCGGUUCGCACGAUAGAACAGACCUGUUGCCCCUGAAGGCUGGUGUGGCUAUAAUGGCUCUUGGUUGUAUGGAUGCGCACAGGGGGACCAACGUGAAGAUUGUCCCUUGUGGGAUGAAUUACUUCCACCCGCAUAAAUUUAGAUCUAGAGCUGUCGUUGAGUUUGGAGAACCCAUUGAGAUCCCCAAGGAGCUUGUCGAUCGGUAUCACAAUCCAGAGACGAACAGAGAGGCUGUGAAGGAACUCUUGGAUACGAUAACGGAGGGGCUGAAAGCGGUGACUGUGACCUGCGGUGAUUAUGAGACUUUGAUCGUUGUGCAAGCGAUGCGGAGAUUGUACGCAACCCAGUUCAACGGACAACUGCCGUUGCCCAUGGUCGUGGAAAUGAACAGAAGGCUCGUCAAGGGGUACGAGACUUACAAAGAUGACCCUAAGAUGAUACAGCUGACUGAGGAUAUCUUGAAGUAUAACGCACAUCUGAGACAUUUUAGCAUUCCAGAUCAUCUCGUGGAGACGGCAAAGGUCAACCUCGUGAAAAACACUUGGUUGCUGGCGUACAGGUCUGUACGGAUCAUUAUCUCUUUUACGCUUGCUCUGCCUGGGUUGUUGCUCUUCUCGCCCGUUUUCCUACUAGCGAAAAGAAUCUCGAGGGAGAAGGCAAGAACCGCGUUGGCGAAGUCUACCGUAAAGAUCAAGGCGAACGAUGUGAUAGCAACGUGGAAGAUUCUCAUUGCUAUGGGGUUCGCCCCGCUGCUGUACAUUUUCUGGUCCGCCCUGAUAACGUACUACUUCAGGGAUAGAUCGCAGCACAGGUGGUUCAUAUUUCUCGCAUCGUACAUUGCGUCUGUCGUUGUCACAUACUCUGCCCUUGUGGUUGGUGACAUUGGUAUGGACAUUGUGAAAUCGUUGAGGCCUCUAUACGUGUCCAUCACCUCCCCCAACGGGUUGAAGGACUUACAGAAGGAGAGAAGGUCGCUAACCAUCCGGAUUGUCAAUAUUGUGGACCAGUUUGGUAGCAAGUUGUUCCCCGGGUUUGAGUCGCACAGUUUUGUCAGUGAAAUGAACGAUAAGUUCAAGAUCGACCGAGAGAAUGAGGAGCAAGCAGAACAGCAGCAAAAUGCAGGUUUGCUCAAACCAAGGAAAAGACAUAUCUCGGGGAAGGAAAUGGAGGACCUGCUCCCCAAUACGUCGGUUCCCGAAGGUGCGGACGCUGCGGAACAAGAAAGACACGAUUCGGACGCCAUCUCGCUGGUCAACAGCGACAACUCGCUGUCUAACAUCCCUAUAUUUUCUACAUUAUCCGGGUUGAAAUCGGAGAGCUCUGUGACCUCUGCAACCACGACUGGCACUUCCGCUUCCGAUCUCAACGAGAGCGACGAGAUUGAAGAAAUCGCCGUCAAGGGCGGCAGCAAUGCGAUCGCAUCCAGAGUCGCGGACGCGAUCAUACGGAAGAGGAACGCGGCAAACUACGGCGAAACUGACGAUACUUUCGACAAAUAA